CCCCUUUCUUUCCGGUGGCUGAGGCUCCGCGCGUCAUGGCGUUGUUUGAGCAGAUGAGGGCCAACGUGGGCAAACUGCUGCGGGGAAUCGACAGGUACAACCCUGAGAACCUGGCAACGUUGGAGCGCUACGUGGAGACGCAGGCUAAGGAGAAUGCCUACGAUCUGGAGGCCAACCUGGCUGUGCUGAAGCUGUACCAGUUCAACCCCGCCUUCUUCCAGACCACAGUGACGGCGCAGAUCCUGCUGAAGGCCCUCACCAACCUCCCCCACACUGACUUCACGCUUUGCAAGUGCAUGAUCGACCAGGCCCACCAGGAGGAGCGGCCCAUCCGGCAGAUCCUGUACCUGGGGGAGCUGCUGGAGACGUGCCACUUCCAGUCCUUCUGGCAAGCUCUGGAUGAGAACAUGGAGCUGUUGGAUGGGAUUGCCGGCUUUGAGGACUCUGUCCGAAAAUUCAUCUGCCACGUGGUGGGUAUCACAUACCAACACAUCGACCGAUGGCUGCUGGCUGAGAUGCUGGGGGACCUCUCAGAGGCACAGCUGAAGGUGUGGAUGAGCAAAUAUGGGUGGACGGAGCCGGAGCCUGGCAAGGUGUUCAUCUGCAACCAGGAGGAGAGCAUCAAACCCAAAAACAUCGUGGAGAAGAUCGACUUCGACAGUGUCUCCAGCAUCAUGGCCUCGUCGCUCUGAACCCCCCCACAUCCUCGUUAACACUGCGGAUUUUAAUUGUCUCAAAGUAAAAGAGAAACCUCCA